UGGACAACGGCUGCACGGCAUCUCCACUCCCUGGCAAAACCAACCGGGAAGAAAGCUGAACGGGGUGAUCAGUAUGCAGGGGAAGCCCUAUCUUAUCAAUACCUAAGCAGGAUAUAAAGCGUCAGGAGCGCAAAGAUGACUGAGGGCAGACUGUGUCAAGUUCAGCUGCUGGAUGACAGGAAGCUAGAGCUGCUGGUUCAGCCUAAGCUGCUGUCAUACGAACUUCUCGACUUGGUGUCCUCCCAUUUCAACCUCAAGGAGAAGGAAUUCUUUGGACUUGCUUUUUUUGACGACAAUGGCCAGUGUAAGUGGUUGCAGAUGGACCGCAGAGUUCUUGAACAUGACUUUUCAAAGAAGCCCGGGACGAUUGCCCUCAACUUCCUGGUCAGGUUUUAUCUAGAAAACAUAACACAGCUAAAGGACAUCAUAACGGUGGAGUUAUUCUUCCUGAAUGCAAAAUCUGCUGUCUACAAUGGGAUUAUAGAAGUGGAAAGUGAGAACUUCUUCAAAUUAGCAGCAAAAGCUUUGCAGGAGGCUAAAGGAGACUACACAAGUGAUGAAACUACUCGAGCUGACUUGAAGAAACUACCGACUCUUCCCACCAAACUACUCAAGGAACACCCAUCCCUUGCAUACUGUGAGGAUCGAGUAAUUGAAUAUUAUAAACAGCUGAAAGGAGUCUCCCGAGGACAGGCCAUUGUGCAGUAUUUGACGUUAGUGGAAUCAUUGCCCACGUAUGGCGUACAUUAUUAUGAAGUUAAGGACAAACAAGGGAUCCCGUGGUGGCUUGGAAUCAGCUAUAAGGGCAUCGGCCAAUAUGAUUUGCAGGAUAAAUUAAAACCUCGAAAGCUUUAUCAGUGGAAGCAGCUUGAAAACUUGUACUUCCGAGAGAAAAAAUUUGCUGUAGAAGUUAAUGAUCCACACAGGAGAGCUGUAACCAAGCGCACCUUUGGGCAGACUGGUUUACUCAUCCACACGUGGUAUGCCAGCCAUUCUUUGAUCAAAACCAUUUGGGUCAUGGCUAUAAGCCAGCACCAGUUCUACUUGGACAGAAAGCAAAGCAAAGCCAAAGUAACAGCAAGAAGUCUGGAGGAAAUUGCCAUGGAUCUCACUGAGCACGGAGGGGCAAAAAUAAACAGACUUGGAGACACAGGCCUGAAGAAUAACUUUAUAACGGCCAGCAAUGGGAGCCUUGUGUCUACAGGUUCUGCAGACUCUGAAAUGAGUGAAGAACAGAAGAAAGAGAAACUCUCUGAGCUGAGAAAAAAAGAGCAAGAGAUCCAAGAUAUUUUGGCCAAGAAAACAAAAGAACUGAAGAAGAUUUGCAUGAGAGAGGCGGAGCUCACUGGCAAGCUGCCAAAAGAGUAUCCCCUCUCUUCAGGUGAAAGACCGCCACAGGUCAGGCGGCGAGUUGGCACUGCUUUCAAGUUAGAUGACCUUUUCCCCUACAAUGAGGAUCCCUUCCUUAGAAACUUGGAAAGCAGAUUUGCCCUGCAGCAAAAGAUUGUGGAGGCGGCGAAGAAGCUGGCAAACGAGUCAGAACUGUGUAAGACAGUCAAGAAGAAGAGGAGGAGAAACUGUUUGGAUGCCAUGCACAAACUCCAGCAGAUAGAGGAUGAGAUGAAUCAGUACAGAAUCAAGAAGGGAAAAAAGCCAACCCAGCGAGCCUCAGUGAUCAUUGCAGAUGAACUUGUCCGCUCAGACUGCAGCUCCCUGUCUAGUCUCCCACUGGACGAUGAUGACUCAGAUGGUGUCAGUCAGAGGCCACGGUCGCGGUCAGUCCAAGGUUCCCCUCAGCUCAGUCCGAUGCAGUCACUGGGAGCAGAAUAUGAUGUGGAAAGACAAGGAUCUCCGAGGGAAAAUCACCGCAACAAAAACCACAGCAGAUUAGCAUUUGAAGGCCAGGAGGCUUCCCACUACUACCAGAAUCCAAGAGAAGUCUCCUCCACCCACACUAGUCCCUAUAAAACCCUUCCCAGACCUCCUAGAGAUCCACGCAGCAUGCCUCCCACCCCAGUUAUGACCCGCAAUGCCUACAGCAGCAGCCAGCUAAGGUCCGAAGGGUCUCCUCAUUGCUUCAGGCAUCGCAGUGGAAGUCUGGAGUCGCAGCCCCAGCUAAGAAAAGACACAGACUCAGAGAAGCCAGUGUUUAUCUUGUCACCAGCCCACCGCAGCAACAGCACAGAGGUGUUAGAGGAUUGCUCCUCCUACACUAGUCAGUCCAGUCUGGACUACUGUGGGGGAGCCAACUCCCACUACAGUACACUGGACUCCCGAACCUCAACCAUGCAUCGUCUCCACAGGAAAGUGGAAGUGUAUGGAAAUACUGGGAGCAUGCCCAACUUGGUCCAGCACCAUUCUGGUUGUAGUUACACAUGUGAGACCUCAGCACACUAUGCACCCAGUGCCUACUACGUCUCCGGCUACCCCUGUCCGGACAUGGAGCCUUACGCUAAUGGUGCCUACGUGUAUGAGAAUGAGGUAGAAGGCCACUACAACGUCAACCCCUCCUAUCAAAUAAAUGGGUACCACGGACAUGACAGAUUCAGGCAUUACAGCAGUGACCGAGCUGAUGGUCUUUCCCAGAAUCCCUACGCAACAGUGAGGCCUCCACGAAACAGGGAGGGACCCAGAAAUGAGCUGCUGGCCAAGAACAUGCAGAAGGCCAUGGUGGCAGAGCAUCUGAGAGGCUGGUAUCAUCGAAACAGAGGCCACAGGGAAGGGGGCAGGGGGAUGUUGGCCGGAUAUGACUUUGACAGCGGCUCCCAGCUCAGUUUGGGCUACCAGACCAUGCCAGCGGCUUUCAGCCACUCCAGCCGAACCACUUCCUUCUCAUCAGUGUCCUCAGUAGAGAGCGCAGGGAACUGGCGCAACCAGCUGGCAGUCGGCCUGACAGAGUAUGAUUCACCUGACACACCUCCGUACCCUCAACCUGGAACGCCUGCUUCUCCAUACAACCACAGUCCCUCACACAGCAGAUUUCGCCUGGAUGGAAGCUACAUGAGCAUCCGCUGAAAAGGACCAAACCAAACGUUGGCACAAAUAAAGCCAUGGCCGGGCAGCACAUGAAGGAGAGGAAGUUGGAAAAUGGGCUGUACACAAACUUUUUGCUGCCAUAACUCAAUCUUGGGAGAUGUUUUGUCCAGAAGGUUUUGGCAGAGUCUAGGUGUAUGCUGUCCACAUGUUAAAGUAACCUCUGAACACAGUGAUGACACUCUUGAAUGACUUUCCCAUGUGCCUUGGAUUGGAAGGGUUUGGAUGAAAUUGUACAGGCUGGAAGAAAUGUGUCAAAAAAUGAUGAGACGUUGCACAACCACACUGACUUCAAACCUUAUUGUGUAUCAAAGAUUUAAAAAAGAAGCAACGUGUUUUUACUGAAUCCGACUUCAUGUAUUUUAGCAGGAACUAUCUACUGCCUUAUACAAAACAGUAGGUUAUAGAGUAAAAAUGAUUUUCACCACUUUCAUCUCAUUAAAAGUAUGAUAAAAAUGGUCUUAAAUAUGACAUCGAAAUUGAAAACAAAGUUUGAAAAUAUUCACAAAUGUGACCUGAUAUGACCAUUCAUUAGAGCAGACUGUGUAUUAGAUGCAUUUCCAUUUCUUCCUUUCUUUAAACAUUGAAUCAGAAUGUAUUAUGUCAAUAUUGUUUAUAGAGCCAUUUGUCUUUGUUGGUGCAGUAUUGUGUUUUAAAAUGCAUGUUAAUAAUAUCGAUUUUUGAUAAGAACUUCAGUCCUUUUAUAUCAACAGAAGACCACUGCCGUAAAAAAAACCAUAUUCAUGUCUCGUUGUUUGUUUCCUCACAUAUUUGUACAGUCAGUGUGUAGUUAUACGUAUGUUGUUAGAUGUUGUCAUAAAAUAUUUUCC